AUGUUGUUUUUGUGGUUGCUUUUACCAGCAGCUUUUGCCCAUCAACUUAGCGGGAGAAUUGAAAUAGAUGAUGUCGAUUCUUCUAGAACAAAAGUUGAGCUCUAUAGCCCGAACGUAACUAUCACAACCAGAAUUCUCCAUGACGGGUCAUUUUCCAUUUCAGAUCCUCCGACCGGAACCUACAAACUUAGUCUGCAAUUGCAAGAUUACGCUCUAAAAAAUGAUCGGUAUCGCGUUGAAGUUACAAAUGAGAACAUCACUGCCCACAAAUACGUUACGAAUCAGAAUUGGACUGAGUCAGGCUCGUUGGUCGAGUUGCCCCUAUUCGUCCCCUUUGAAAACGUGGUUGCCAGAAAAUACAUUGAAAUAUCCAGUGGUGGUAUACUAGCUAAUAAUAGUUGGAUUAUAUGGGCUCAGCAGAACCCGCUGAUGGCCCUAGGAGUCUUGGUUACAGCCGCAAUAGGGUUGUUCCCUCAUGUGAUGAAUUACUUUGAUCCUGGCUUUACCAAGCGAAUCUUGGAGGAGACUGUCCAACCAAAACCGGAAUCACCAGAAGAUGCAAACAGGAGUAUUAGUUCCAACAGCAAUGAGUCAACGACUACUGCAAGGGGAAGCUCCCAAAAGCCGAUUCGAAAAAGGAAGUAA